GCACAUCUGGGUGCACAACAACAACAAGUCAUGAGCAUCGCCACUAUGGCCUAAUAACCAGCCCCAUCAAACACUGAGGAAGAAGAACAACAAGGCAUCAACACCGCCACCAACAACAAGUCACAGCCACCCCCGCCAUGGGCUCCUGUGGGAAUUUUGAGCGCCUGUGUCGCCUCUGCGGCCUGGAGUGUCACGACCUCAUUGCCUUGUUCCAGCACGACGGCCGCCAGCGUGACCUGCCCGUCAUCAUCAGGACCUACAUCAGAGUGAACGUCAGUGUCCAGGACUCACUGCCUCAGCAGGUGUGUGGACCGUGUGUGGCCAAGCUGGACGAGGUGGUGGACUUUGUGGACUCCAGUCACACCACACAAAGCAAACUGAAGAGUCAGCUUAAGGAGUGCCCGACAGAGAGCAGCAACGUGCAAGUGAACGAGGAGAAACUCUAUGAACUAAUUCAGGAUGUCAAGGUGGAGCUGGAGGAGUCCCAGAGUCAGUUUGUUGAUGAUCUCAAGGAUGAAGAUUACGCCCCACACACCAGCAGGCAGCAGAGACGGAAGGCAGCAAGGGGCAGGAGACGUGUGGCGGCUCCUAGAGGCCCUUCCAGUAGGCCCCCCAAAAAGGUGAGGAGCAAGGAUGUGAAGCCAGGAAUGAACUGUGUGGAAGGAAGGGGAACAGAGAACACAGUGCCUUCCAACACCCCGGUGAAGGCCGAGGAAUGGAUGGAAAAUCACAUGAGGAAGGAGGAAGUGGCAGAGGCUCACAUGGAUGGCAGCUUCCAUGGUACAGGCAACCCUCGGGCUUCCUGUGAUAAGCUGGUUAACACAGUUAAAAGUGCUGUCCGAUGCAGUCUGUGCAAGAGCUCAUUCACUCACUUUGAGCAGCUGUCAGCACAUUCUCAGGAGGCCCACCAGCUGUCCGAGCCCAGCUACAUGUGUCCCCAGUGCCCGUUGAUAUUCAGCAAAGCUACCUCACUCAGGACUCACCAGCGGCGAAAGCACCAAGACUCGCUGCAAGCGUGUCCACAGUGCAACAAGCUGUACCCUGCCCACUACCUCUGGACAAGACACAUGCUUGUACACACCAACUCACGGCCUUUUUCCUGUGACGAGUGUGACAAGAAGUUCAAGAGCAAAGCCGAGAUGUUCAACCACAAGAGGAUCCACCGGCCCAGCGAGGAGCGCUACACCCACUGCUGCGAGGUGUGUGGCAAGAGGUUCACCCAGAAGGCUAACCUGGACAGUCAUCUGCGGCUACACACUGGCAACCGUCCCUUCUCGUGUGAGUUCUGUGGCAAGUGUUUCUCCCAGCGAGGCAACAUGGAGGAGCACAGGAGGAUUCACACCGGGGAGAAGCCGUUUGUCUGUGAUCUAUGUGGGGUCAGCUACUCUCGGCAGGGGCAGCUGUCCAUGCACCGCCGGCAACACUCCGGGGAAAAGCCUCACAAGUGCCAGUACUGUGAAAAAGAGUUCCUCCGAAGGGAAGUCUUGAAAAAGCACGAACACAUGCACACCGACACAAGACCCUACAAAUGCUCUUACUGUGAAAAAAGCUUCAGGGACCAAGGCAAACGCAAAGUUCAUGAGCGGUUGCACACCGGGGAGCGACCGUUUGAGUGUCAGUUUUGUGGCCGCGGGUUCUGUGAGUCUGGCAACCUGAGCAAGCACCUGAGGAUCCACCAGCGGCGCCCAGGCUCUGCUGCGUCCACCACGAAGGAGAAGGGCCAGAGCUCCUUCCCCACUGAAUCAGGACACACCGGGGCACCUGAUAAGGGCUCAAGCUACCACUGCAACUCUGUGCCUAACACAUCCUUCAAUGUCCCAGGACUGGCAGCAUCCCGGCACAGUACUAACACAGUUGCUGUGGGAAACUCAACGACAUUGGUGAUAACUGAGCCCGUCCCUAUAGCCCCAGCCAGCAGCCACCCUGCCCCACAGGCUCAGGAACCCCUAGACCCAACUCCUCCCCCAUUACCUCUCUUGGGGAGUAUCCCCUCACACAGCCCCUCCCUGGCCACUCUUCACCAGGUGGAGGACUCUCAGGGAAACACUACACUACCUCCGCAGGGCUGUGAGAGGGUGGAGUUCAGGGUGGCCUCUUCCUCCUCCUAUCAACCUGCCACCACCUGGACAGUGUACCAUGCCUAGUGGAAAUUCUUUGGAAUGUGUGGCAGAGUGUUGGCUCAAGGGUUCGUGUCUUCAUUGUCAUCACUUUGUGUUCAGUGGUUGUGAUGAGUACUGGUGUGUGCUCAGUGAAUUGUGUGAUCAAAGUGCCUCAGACCUCCACUCACUGGAGGUUACCAUUUUUACCAAUUAAAGAAGUUUACUUUUA